AGGGCUCGCUGCUGUGCGUUGCGUUCGCAUCCGACGUAAGAGCGCGAGACAGACAACAUCAUCAGACGCGAGCGAAAUACUGGAUUAAUUCGCAAGCUACAAAAACAACCAGCGACCGUGCAGAAAGAUAAACAUCAUGAACCCUGUUUAUAACCCUGCGUCAUCAGGGAAUCCUUAUGCCAACCCUAAAGGAAUAGGAUACCCAGCGGGAUUUCCUGUGGGUUAUGCAGCGGCAGCUCCAGCGUACUCCCCCAGCAUGUACCCUGGUGCUACUCCAGCCUUUCCUACAGGUUACGCUCCCGGGACCCCUUUCAAAAUGUCCUGCUCCCCAACAACAGGUGCUGUACCCCCCUAUUCCUCAUCACCCAACCCCUACCCUGCUGCCGUCUACCCUGUGAGAAGUCCCUACCCCCAGCAGAACCCCUACGCACAGAUGUUUUUUCCACAGCAGCAAGGCACUUACUACACACAGCCCCUUUACGCAGCGCCGCCCCAUGUCAUUCAUCAUACAACGGUGGUCCAGCCCAACGGCAUGCCGGCGGCCAUGUAUGCCCCUCAAAUUCCCCCACCCCGUCCUAAUGGAGUCGCCAUGGGAAUGGUUGGAGGCACCACCAUGGCGAUGUCAGCUGGGACGUUAUUAACCACUCACUCUCCAACCCCGGUCGCGCCCCACCCCUCAAUGCCCACGUACCGCCAGCCCGCCACUCCUACCUACAGUUACGUGCCCCCGCAGUGGUGAACACGACACUGUCAAAUGAUGGUAGAUAUGCAUUCUCACUGUCCAGUAUUUUACAAUUGGAGCUGACACUACAAGUGCUAUCAGAAAGUUGCUCUUCCUUCCAAACAUAAUGUGAAUCCGACUCCAGUUGGCAGAUGAAAGGAAAGAGUAUCUUCCCAGUCCGGCUCUGUAACAACUUCCCAUCUUUCACUCAUUCUACGACAUAUCUCACGGCCGAAGAACAGACAAGCUCUUCAUGCUGAAUUGUGUUGUGUGGACUGUCUUGCAGUUUUUAGCUAACUCUUUAAAUGGUGAAACCAGAAAGGGAGUUGGAAUUAGUUUUAAUUGGAAUACCUAUUGAAUGCAUGUAUAUAUUUAAAAAUGGAAAAAAGAGACAAAAAAAAUCCCAUCAGCACUAGCUCAUUCUACCACAUAUGACAGAUGCAAAACCAUCAGCAGUUAUCUCGAGCAAAAAUCCAAAGGGAUUGGGAGAAAAACAACUGUACAUUAAAUGCAAUGUCUUAAUUGUUAUUUCAUACAAGAUAUUAAUAACGUUAGCAUUUAAAAUAACUUUUUUUGUUUGUUAUUUUUCCUGGUUUUAAUUUGGGUAUUUGUAACUGCAGGCAUGGUUCGUCUUCUCUGGGUGACGGUGUGUUUGUUACUGCUUUGCCCCGCUUGAAGACGAACCCUUAGAGUUUGUGCCUCCGCUUCAUAUGCCUGUUUUUAGUUGAUAAGUUUUAUCACUCUACACGCUCUCACUGCAGUUAAUUGUUGCACUAAUUGCCUGUGUGUGUACAUAAAUUGGUUGAUUGAGCUGUAUUGGUGCUGAGAGCAUGCUUACUCAUUUGUGUACCUCUGGCUUGGUUUUCUUAACUUUUAAAGUCUGACCGAAAAAUUUACAUUGGAAUCGCACUAAAUUUGCGAAAUUUUAAAUGGUAAAUUGUUUAUGUGCUUAAUUCAAGAAAAAAGAAAACUCAAUUAAGUUGAUUUGAUAACACUACUGGUGGUUACCUUUGAGGAGAGGUGAAUUUGAGUUUAGUUAUUAUUGACCCAAAUCUCUACAUUGUUUGUUUCCUUAGGAUUACACAGUAACUGAAUUUCAUUGUCUUUUUACUUUAAACAUUGCCUGUGUCACUUCGGUUAAAGAAUGUUUUGUAAUGUUUAAUGUGUUUUUGUUUUGUAUUUUCAAAAAAGACCAACAAAUAAAUACAAUAAUAAAUUA